UAUUUAAACCUGAUAAACUGAGGGAUAUAAACGCUGGAUCAAAGCCCAACUUCAGUUUCAAACAGGAGACGGAUCCAUUGAUUGUUUUUCGUGCGUUGAGGAGACAUCAUGUUCAUGUGCAGGGUGAUCUUGGGUCUUCUGGCCCUGCUUCUAGUUUGCUGUGUUCAAGCUGAGGAGGAGCAUGCAGCUGAAUUAUCUGUUGGGGAGCUGCUGGAGAGAGCAAACAGAGGCAUUGUUCGUGACGCGACCGAGCCGAGAGUAAUAGAAGAUAUUGCUGUUGAUGAUGAAAAUAGCGAGAGAAAUGCUGAUCCCUGCACCUCGAGUUACUGCAUGUGGCCGAAGUCCAGUGACGGCAAAGUCUACGUGCCUUACGUCAUCUCCAACCAGUUCAAUUCCCGUGAGCUGCAGAUCAUCCAAAGGGGUUUGGAUUCCUUCUCUUCUGUUACGUGCAUUCGCUUUGUUCGGCGCUCGAACCAGAGGGACUACCUCAGCAUCGCGUCCAACAGUGGAUGCUAUUCCUUCGUCGGACGGCGUGGAAAUGCCCAGAGCUUGUCUCUGGAUAAGAACGGUUGUAUUUAUCAUAACACCGUUCAGCAUGAGCUUCUCCACGCUCUGGGCUUCAACCAUGAGCAGUGUCGCAGUGAUCGUGACAGUCACAUCCGCGUUGUGUGGGAGAACAUCAUUGACAGCUAUAAGUACGCCUUCGACAAGAUCGCCACUCUGAACCAGGGAACUCCGUAUGACUACAACUCCGUCAUGCAGUAUCACAGAACUGCCUUCUCUAAGAAUGGCCAGCCCACCAUGGUCCCCAUCCCGAACAGCAAUGUAGCCUUUGGCCAGGGAACUCAGAUGAGCCAGAAUGACAUCACACGUGUCAAUAAACUCUACAAAUGCUAAAAACUUCAUUCAACCACAAGUCCAUCUCCAGAGAGAAGACAGUGAGAGCUGCACCUGCCCAAAUCCACACACUCGUACAACUUUCUCCAACCUUUAAACAAUAUUAAUAUAACACAAUCCUCUCCAGCAUGGUCCUCAGCCUUGUUAAAGAUGUUUGAUGGAUUUUUCAUUAAUCAGCUUCAUUGAAUUAAUAAAUAAAAUAAAUUUGAAAAUA